GACAUUUUUGGACUUUGCUGAACAUCUGAUGCCAUCCCCCGUCCCAUGGGAGACAUACAUGGCUGAAGGUGGGAGGUAGAAGACAAGAUCCGCUUUGAAGAUCACAGUGCAGCACCCCCCGCCGCUGGGACACUCUUAGGAGAGAAAGUUCUUUGUGUGUGUGACAUCGGUUGCCGCCCACCAUGCUGUUGACCUCUGUCUGUGUGCUCCUAAUGCUGGGGGGGCAUGUUCGUGCUGGAGGCUACCCACCAAUGCCUCACAUGAAGUACAUGCAACCCAUGAUGAAAGGGCCUGUUGGACCACCAUUCAGAGAAGGCAAGGGACAUUAUGUCGACAUGCCACCUAUGGUAGAUGUGAAGGGGGAGCCAGGACCCCAAGGAAAACCAGGACCAAGAGGUCCCCCUGGGCCACCAGGGCCACCAGGAAAACCUGGACUCGGGAACCCGGGCCUCAAUGGGCAGCCAGGUCCCCAGGGCCCCCCUGGCUUCACAGGAAUCGGUAAACCAGGACUUCCCGGAUUACCAGGAAAGAUUGGGCCAAAGGGCAUGCCUGGACUGAAUGGCGAGGUUGGUCCCCGUGGUGAACCAGGCCCCAGGGGUCAACCAGGGCAGCCGGGACUGCCAGGCCCAGCUGGCUUGUCUCUAAAUGGAAAACCUGGGCUUCCAGGUAUCAGAGGCCCUCCUGGUACACGGGGAGAACCAGGAUUAAAAGGCAUUUCUGGCCCUCCAGGUGAGCGUGGCAUUAAAGGUGAGAAUGGAAAUGGGACUCCAGGUCCUCCUGGCGUAAGGGGUCCCCCUGGAUUGAAGGGUACUACAGGACCACCUGGUCUUCCGGGCAUUGGUAAACCUGGACCAAAAGGUUUGCCUGGACUGUCUGGUGCUAAAGGUGAUCAUGGACUUCCAGGGAAUCGAGGGGAACCCGGAGAGGUCGGACCUCCAGGGCUACAAGGUCAACCAGGUCCUGUGGGGAUAGGGAAGCCCGGAAUUGAUGGACUGCCAGGAGCGCCAGGUCUCAUAGGUCAAAAAGGUGAACAAGGGCUGAGAGGUUCGCCAGGAUUUCCUGGUACGCCAGGCUAUGGAAAACCUGGUCUAAGUGGGCCAAAAGGAGAAAAGGGCCACAGUGGGUUGCCUGGUCUUCCUGGAGACAAAGGAGAACAAGGAAUAGUGGGCCCAAUUGGAGAACCAGGUCUUGAUGGACAACCAGGACCCCCUGGACUUCACGGCCCAAUGGGACUCCCAGGAAAACAUGGUAUGCCAGGGCAGAAGGGUGAACUAGGCCCUCAAGGCCCUCCAGGGCUGCCUGGACUCAGAGGCGACCAAGGUGUCAAUGGAAACCCGGGAAAAGCUGGUAUACCUGGGGACAAAGGCUUACCUGGGCCAAAUGGAGCAACUGGAAAACCCGGGCCCAAAGGUGAAGCAGGACAUAUUGGUCUACCAGGUAAUCCUGGGCUCACAGGUGGUCCAGGACCUAAAGGUGAGGCAGGAUUUAUGGGUACACCUGGCCCCAGAGGUCAGUCAGGUAUCCCAGGUCUUCAGGGGCCUAUGGGUCCCAUGGGGCCACAGGGCGCCCCGGGCUUGAAAGGUGAGCCUGGACUCCCAGGACUUCCAGGACUGGGUAAAUUGGGCGAGAAAGGACCUAUAGGUCCCCAAGGUCCUCCAGGGAAACCAGGCCCUGCUGGACUGAAUGGCACCCCUGGUCCCCCAGGGCCUCCGGGGCCACCGGGUCUUCCAGGAAACGGUCAAACAGUUGUUGCAGGUCCAACGGAUUCCCAGUUGGAAGGAGGUGAAGUUCCGGGAGACCGAAAGGGUCCAGCAUACAGUCAAAUUCCACUCUCUGCCUCCUUAGCGCCAGCUUUCACCGCCAUCCUCACCAAGCAUUUCCCUCCGUCUGGGAUGCCAAUCAUGUUUGACAAGACUCUGUACAACGGGCAGAAUGCCUACAGUCUCUCAACUGGCAUUUUCACCGCUCCUCUAUCUGGUGUCUACUACUUUGCGUACCAUGUGCAUGUGAAGGGAACUAGCCUGUGGGUGGCCUUGUACAAGAACAAUGUACCGGCUACGUACACGUACGAUGAGUACAAGAAAGGUUACAUGGACCAGGCGUCCGGCAGUGCUGUCCUUGAGCUGAAAGAAGGCGACCAGGUCUGGGUCCAGAUGCCAUCGGACCAGGCGAAUGGCCUCUACGCUACCAAGUACAUCCACUCCUCGUUCUCAGGAUUCCUGCUCUGUCCCACAUAACCCUGUCCAUCGGUUCCAACACGGUCCUGCAGACCAAAACCUAUGAAAAAUACUUGCAGCCAUACACAUUACAAAAACAAUCAGUCGUAGUGCUUCAGUAGUACUUUUACAUCCUUUUUGUCUUUUUUACAGCCAACAGCAUCGGAAAGAAGAAAGAUUUAAAUGGCAGAGGAAUUUUUAUUCAGUGUUAUUUGUUUUGUUGUGUUUUUUGGGGGUUGUAUUUUUAUGUUAAUUAUUGCCAUUGUUUUAUUAUUAUUUGGGCUUUGCUCUGAGUGUUGUUUAUUACAGUAGGACUGUUCGGUGCAUUCAUAUAAGGACCUGACAUUUUGCGGAGGGGAGGUGCUUCGUAACCUGACAUAGUUAGCAACACCGUCGACAGACAAUUGUAAAUAUCGAAAAACUGUGCCAUUUCUUUUUCAUUUCAAUCCAGUUUCUCAUCAAAAGUCACAAAUCGUCCGUUUUUACAGCAUAUAUUGACAGUCGGUUGCUUUCUCUCUCAAUUUAGCUGAUAAAUUGUGUUUCUUUUGUCGUUUACUACUUAAUUUAUUGUAUUCAAGUAUCCAAAAAGGCAAUCUAGAGAUGCAGUCCAACAUUAAUUGGACUUCACAGUAUUAAACCAAGGCAACAUCGAUUGCACGGACAUAAUGUUUACAUUACAUAACUACACAUGGAAAGUCACAAUUAAAGCUGGAUUCUUUCAUGGUCAUCAAAUAUAGAAGAAAAUACAGUGGAACCUCGGUUUCAAUGCGUUGCGAAAGACAAAAACCUGAAACGUAUGCGAAGAGGAGUGAAAAAAAUAACUCAAAUACGCAGUGUACUUGAACAUUGCAUUAGCGUACAGCGCAAUGGGUUUAUGUGAAGGAAGAAAGGAGACAGAUACGAGUUGUUCAUCGUUGGGUGUGUUCUAUAAACAAGAACUAGGUUGACUUUUUCACCUCUAUUUAGCGAGAAUCCAGUUUAUUUGCGAGAUGAGUUUGGUCAUUUGAACUUCCCUGGUUCUGUGUCGCCGCAGGGAACUCAGACUCGGCUAAGGCGUCUUUUGGACUUUGAUUAUUCUGCUAGCACUUUAGCACAUGCUGGAUACAAGUGUUGGAGCAGAGUCUAGAAGGGACUGCUUGUAUCACUGUGCUGCUAUCAAGGAUUCUGGAAUCUGUUUAUAGUGUCCCAACCUGAGACUGAUGCAUUAUUUGGGCACUGGAUUCUAAGGAUUAGUUUGGUAACUGCACUGUGUUAUGAAAACCGAUAACCGAAUCCUACAAAAAAAACGGCGUGCAUGCAAACCGAGGUUCCGCUGUAGAUGCAACAGAAGGAAUUCAUGGAUUCGAGCAAAGACUUUUUAUCAUUCCGAAGCCACUCAUUCCAAAGUAGUUACAGUAUAACAAAAACAGCUUGGCUACGCUUAGAAGCUGGAAAUGCAAAUCACUCUGCAUUGACUGUGAAUAAGUAAAGGGACUGACUGUCUGAGAGGCCAGCAGGUUGUGAAAUCGAAGUUGUGUAACAUUUACCAAACCCUCUGGUUUGCGUCUUUGUGAGGUGGUAUCGGCCAGGGGUUGUUUUAUGGUGAUGGAAGCAUUAAAGAUACUCUCUGUAACCUUCUGCCUGCCUGCCUGCCUGCCUGUGAGUGUGUAUGUGUGUGUGUACUGUACGUGGGUGUCUGUGUGUCACAUUGUCCCACUGCUAUUCAGGUCAUUCAGCAAAGAUAAUAAUAAACUGGAGUGAAGUUACAAAACCCCAGCUCUGUCAAUGUUCCAUGACGACUCCUGAAUUGUUUGUCCUUUCAAGUUUGAAAGCAUACAUUUAAAAAAAAACAAAAACAAGCAUUAAAAUUGCAAUGUAAGGGAAUGUCGGAAUGACUUAAAAGUGUGCAAUAAUUCGCAAUACAUUAUUUUGAACCAGAACCUGAAACAUUGCAUUCAGCACUACCCUGAUGGAGGAAUAAGCCAGGUAUUGACGUGUACAAGACCGAAUCAGUGUUUUUUUCACAAAAUAAAUGCACUUCUACUUUCACCCUCCAUAAACCCCAACUAAAUGCUAUGAAUCGAUAUUAUAAUGUGAGUCUAUACAAGACAGCUCAAUGCUGGUUAUGUACUGUAUGUUGCCUCAUGUUUGGACAUUAGUCAACUCCUUGGGCGGCAGGGUAACCACAGCAACAUAUAGAAUCUCUAUGUUUUAGCUCAUCGUUGUGCUCCUUUCCAUUUAUUUGUUGCGUGGUGUGAUGUGAUGUGUUUCUACCUGCCAAGGUGACUACGGGUGUAAAUUAGCAGUCGUGUUAACUCUCCGGCAUAUUUACAUCCGUAUCCUACGUACGUAUGCUCUGUCCCCUUUUGAAAUAGACACAUUGAAAAUGACAUGGCGAUGUGAAUGACACGUGGUUAUUAUUCUCGGCCAUUUAUGGUCCUGGCUUGCAGGGUUUGCAUGCAAGCGUCAGUGAGAUCCACGUUAGUCACACAUUGCUUCACAAAACGAUAUUAUCUUGCUUCGGUUUGUAAGGGAUAUGUUUGUUUUUAGAUGCAUUUAUGAAACACGCGGCCAUUCCCACUUGCACAAGAAAUUAAUGAAGAUAUUUAUACAUUUAUGAUAAUUUAAUAGGGAUGCCAGAACCGACCACCGAAGCCAAGAACGUAUAAAUAAAUGGUAUUUAAUAGCAUUGAUGAGUUACUAGUAUUUACAACAUGUACUUAGCAUCCUAGUGUUAUGUGCCGAAAGGAUUAUUUGUGGAGAUGUUAUUAUUUGUGUAAUGUAUCGACUUAUUUGAUUUUUUUUUUCACAGUCGGCUGACUUUUGCGCAAUAUAAUUUUGGUAUAAAAUGCACUCUUUUUUUUAAUUUGGAAAUGUUUUUUCUGCCUUUUGAAAAUUUACAAGUACUUGAUUUGUAUUGAUACCAUAUCAAUAAAGGCCUUCUUGUA